CUCCAGCGCGCGCCCCGCGCCCGGGACUGGGCUGGAGUCGCGCGUGCCGCUCGCAGAGAGGCAGCUGGGCGUCCAGAGCCGAGGCCGCAGCGCGCAGCUGGCAGGGAGUCUCGCCUGGCCACGCACUUGCUUCCUUUGGGGCCUCCAGGAGUCUCUUGGCACUCACCUUGCCAGCCCUGCCCCAGCAGGCACCACCGGCCUUGUCCUGAGCUGCAUUUGUCGCUACUCGCUGUGCCCGGGACAGAGGGACGCCCGCCUCGUCACGUGUGUCCAAGUCCUCCGCCAGUCGGGGCAGCGUGGUUCCCAUGGUUCAAGGCUGUUGAUGGAGAAGUGGGCGGAUGACAGCCGGGACUGUGGUCAUCACUGGGGGCAUCUUGGCAACUGUGAUUCUGCUCUGUAUCAUCGCUGUUCUGUGCUACUGUCGGCUUCAGUAUUACUGCUGCAAGAAGGACGAAUCCGAGGAGGACGAGGAGGAACCCGACUUUGCUGUGCACUCCCACCUGCCACCCCUCCAUUCCAACCGCAACCUCGUGUUGACCAACGGGCCUGCUCUCUACCCAGCUGCCCCCACCUCUUUCAGCCAAAAGUCCCCGCAGGCCCGUGCCCUCUGCCGCAGCUGCUCCCACUACGAGCCGCCCACCUUCUUCCUGCAGGAGCCAGAGGACGACGACUUUGAGGGUGUGCGCAACGGCGGGGGCCGUGUGGCCUACAAAAGCAUCAGCCAGGAAGAUGUGGAGCUGCCGUCUGCGAGCUUCGGAGGCCUCCAGGCGCUCAACCCCAACCGCCUCUCUGCCAUGCGAGAGGCCUUUUCCCGAAGCCGGAGUGUAAGCACUGAUGUGUGACAGGCCUCUAUCUUGCUGAGGCUACCGUCCCUGGGUCCUGAGAUCAUGACAGGAUACCCACAGCACACCCUGGCCCCAUCUCCAGACCUCUGCUCAGCCAGUCUUCCCUGUGUCCUUGUCCUAGGGGCUCCAGGAAUGGGUAACUCCUGGGCCACCUACAAGGAUCAAGCCCAGUGAAGCAGAUGUGGCAGCUGUGAGUGGUGGCAGCUGUGAGUGGGGACACCUGGCACAAGAAGGGAGGCAGGGGACAGGAGGGUAAGGCAAGGCUGUGUUGGGGCCCAGGAGCCAGGUCCUUUCUCCAGGAAGUGAGAAGAUGGAUAAUGCCAACCCUAGCAACUUGUCUGUCUCUGGCUUCAUGGUCUUCCCUGUCAGUUUCUCGCCAGGCCUUGGGCUUCCUACCUACAGUGGCCUCACUCGUUGCCAGUGGCCCUACAAGCAUGAACCUUCUUUAGAGACUGUGGACCAAAUAAAUAUUCUGUCCUUUC